GGCGGCGGCGCGGCAGGGCGGCAUGGCCCGCCCGCCGCGGGGGAGGCAGCGGGAAGCCCCCCCCCCCGCCCCCGGCCGCGCCAGGGCCUCGCCGCCGCCGCCGCCCGCAGCCCGCGGCAGCCCCGCGGCAGGGGCAGGGGCAGCGGCCGCAGCCGCAGCCGCGCCUGACGGCAGCCCCGCGCCGCAGGAUCCGCGCCCCGAAAGGACGUGCUCCGCCGAGUUGCCAGGCGCGAUUACGUUGUUUUUUUCCCCCCACCCACCCCUUGAACUUGUUGCUUGGUGCUCGGCGGUGGCGGAGGGGGGUGGGGGUGGGGGAAAGCCUUAUUAUCGAUGUCCCUUUGGAUGCGAUCAAGCUUUCUCAGGAGCAACUACUUCCCCGCCGUUCCCGGCGGGGCGCGGAGAUCUAGCGGCAAAGCCGGUAUUUCCAAAAGUCUCUAUGCAACUGAGCGCUCUCGCCAGACUUUCCCAGUGGCUGGACCACGACUGUCUCUAGAUUGACUCCCUCAGCUGUAGUAGUUGCUUGGGACCAUGGCAGCCGGAGUAGCAGCUUGGUUACCCUUUGCCAGGGCAGCAGCCAUAGGAUGGAUGCCAGUAGCCACAGGUCCCAUGCCAGCUGCUCCGCGGCAGGAGAGGAAGCGAAGCCAGGACUCUCUGAUUGUGCUGAAUGUGAGUGGCAUCCAGUUCCAGACGUGGCUGGACACCUUAGAGCGCUACCCUGACACUCUUUUGGGCAGUUCAGAGCGGGACUUCUUCUACCACCCUGAGACACAGCAGUACUUUUUUGAUCGGGACCCUGACAUUUUCCGCCACAUUCUCAACUUCUACCGUACAGGGAAGCUUCAUUAUCCCCGCCAGGAGUGCAUCUCAGCUUACGAUGAGGAGCUGGCCUUCUUUGGCAUCAUCCCUGAGAUCAUUGGCGACUGCUGUUAUGAGGAGUACAAGGAUCGCCGACGUGAGAAUGCUGAGCGCCUGCAGGAUGAUGCUGAUCAGGAUCAUGCAGCUGAGAGCUCCCUGCCCUCAAUGACAGCUCGGCAGAGGAUGUGGCGGGCCUUUGAAAACCCACACACCAGUACACUGGCUCUGGUCUUCUACUAUGUCACUGGUUUCUUCAUUGCCGUCUCUGUUAUUGCCAACGUGGUGGAGACAGUGCCCUGCGGGGUAAGCCCAGGUCGCAUCAAGGAGCUGCCCUGUGGAGAGCGCUAUGCUGUGGCUUUCUUCUGUUUGGAUACUGCCUGUGUCAUGAUCUUCACAGUUGAAUAUCUCCUACGUCUGCUGGCGGCCCCUAGUCGCUACAAAUUUGUGCGCAGUGUCAUGAGUAUCAUUGAUGUGGUCGCCAUCAUGCCGUAUUACAUUGGCCUGGUGAUGACAGAUAAUGAGGAUGUCAGUGGGGCUUUUGUGACACUACGAGUCUUUCGUGUCUUCAGGAUCUUUAAGUUUUCCCGCCACUCACAGGGGCUGCGCAUCCUGGGCUACACCCUGAAAAGUUGUGCCUCGGAGUUAGGGUUCCUCCUCUUCUCACUCACUAUGGCCAUCAUCAUCUUUGCCACAGUCAUGUACUAUGCAGAGAAAGGUUCAUCAGCCAGCAAGUUCACCAGCAUUCCUGCAGCCUUCUGGUACACCAUUGUCACCAUGACAACACUGGGGUAUGGUGACAUGGUGCCGAAGACAAUAGCUGGCAAGAUUUUUGGUUCAAUAUGCUCCCUGAGUGGGGUCUUAGUCAUCGCUCUGCCAGUUCCUGUAAUUGUCUCCAACUUCAGCCGUAUCUACCACCAGAAUCAACGAGCAGACAAGCGCAGGGCACAAAAGAAAGCCAGACUUGCUCGAAUCCGUGCAGCAAAGAGUGGGAGUGCUAAUGCCUACAUGCAGAGCAAACGAAAUGGCUUACUGAGUAACCAGCUGCAGCAGUCCUCCAGUGAAGAAGAACAGGCCUUUGUUAGCAAAUCUGGCUCUUCCUUUGAAACGCAGCACCACCACCUGCUUCACUGCCUGGAAAAAACUACGAAUCACGAGUUUGUGGACGAGCAAGUCUAUGAAGAGAGCUGUAUGGAGGUUUCCACAGUCAAUAGACCCCCCAGCCACAGCCCCUCUCUCUCGUCCCAACAAGGUGUUACCAGCACUUGCUGCUCACGAAGACAUAAAAAGACUUACCGCAUCCCGAACACCACCAUCACUGGCAGCCGCCCAGGCAGCGUACAAGAGCUCAGCACCAUCCAGAUCAGAUGUGUGGAGAGGACGCCUCUGUCUAACAGCCGUUCCAGCUUAAAUGCCAAAGUGGAAGAGUGCGUUAAACUAAACUGUGAGCAGCCUUACGUCACUACAGCAAUAAUUAGCAUCCCGACACCUCCAGUCACCACACCCGAAGGAGAUGAUAGGCCAGAGUCUCCUGAGUAUUCGGGAGGAAACAUUGUCAGAGUAUCUGCUUUAUAAAAUAAGGAAUUAUUUAUAAAUUAGCAUAAAGACCACGUGCAAGCUGAGCUCGAGCAGUGAGAAACAAGUCGCGAGGAAUGAGAGAGCCGACAAAGAUAAUGCCCCUUGACGUGUGCGCCAGCGGCUGCAGAGCGAGAAGUUCAGGAGAAACAAAACACUUUGUGGGUUUCGGUGUCGUAGCGUGUGAACCAAAAGGAGUUUCUUACCCCUUCUCCGAUCUGACAUGCGGUGGAAUCUUCUGUGACCAUCCUGACUUACUCUAUGAGCACAAUGAAAUGUCCCCAUUGAUGCUUCUUCUUAUCAUGAGAGCUCUUUUUAGAAAAAAGAAAAUGCAAAACAAAAAAUAGAAACAAACCUGUGUUCCUGCUGAAUGCAAAACAACGAGAAACAUUUUGAUAACGUGUCUUUUUUUUUUCCUGUUAAUAAACCACAAACUUGUUGAGAAACUAUCAAAAAAUGAAAGAAAAAAAUGCUCAUAUGAAAUAUGUUUGUACUGACUGAAAGAACUACAACCACAAUGCAUGCUGAAAUUAUUUGGAGCUGUGAUCUCAGUUUACUUUUGUUGUUUUUUCAGAUUAGGCAUGAUAAAAUAUUACUGUAGAAAGGGGCAUUUCCGUGCACUUACAACAAGCUGAUUGUUAAUGUUCCAUGGUAGUUGUACAAAUAACUUCCCUUUGAAAAAUGCAGUAUUUCUUAUUCAAACACUCAUUAGUGAACUAAAGGUGUUCAGUUAGUUCAAUAUUUACUAUUGUUUUAUCUUGCUUCCUAGGUACUGUUACAACUGCAAUAAGUCAUUGUAUACCUGUUGUAUCAGGAAUCAGGAUUUCUUUUUUUAAGGUAUUUUACAUAACUCAUCUACACUAUAAACUUCUAAAUGCAAACAUUUAAAUAAUCUUACAGCCAAACCGUGCACCACAAAGGCGCUAUUCAGUCAUUGUUCUUUUUGUCCACCGUCCUCUAUUUCUAUGACAGUUUGUUGUCCACUCCAACGUUACCGUACUGUUUGGGUUCUCAAGGUUACGGAUGAAUCUACAGAGUCCUUUCUUCUGUAGACCUCUUGUCUACUUCUGUAUUUUCAGAACAAACCUCUCAUUCCAAGGGGUUUACUCUUGCAGGAUCAAUCCUCUUUGAAUUAAAUUUACAACACAGAUGUUUUUGGGAUCAGCUAACACUUCUCUCCAAACCUUCCUUGUUGACAUUCUGCAGCAUGCAGAGUAUUGGCUACGCUGGAAGACACCAUUCAGUAAAAAAGAUGGCUAAAUUCUUUUUGUAAUUAUCUGUAAACUUGCAUCCUAAAAUUUGUUUGAGAAUUUAUAUAGUGUGAAGAUAUUUUAUUACCUAAGAACACUGAUAGAAUAAUGGAUUGGGUCACAAAUCUACAAAAAUAUCAUUUAUUUCAAUUCAAAUUUACCCACAUGGGCAGGCCUAAAAGCUAAUAUGGAGGCUCUUCUAGUUAAGGCUUUUUGGCUUCAUUUUUAAACAACAUUGAUAUUACCAGAAACCUUUCUGAUAAAAAAGUGACAUUUUUCUUCAUGAAAGUGCAUUAGGAGAUGUAUCAUAAUGCUUCCUAUAUACAUGACAUACCAUACAACAUAUGCAUCAAAUAUACAUGGAAUAUGUGCAUAUCGAUACAUACGUAUAUACAUCAAAAACACUGAUCAGAAAUAAUUGCAUGUCUGCAAAAUAAAAUAUACAUAUAAAUCAAAAGGCUCAGUGCAUUAGAAGCCAUUACAAUAAACGAUUAACACAGUUAUUUAAUAGUUUGAGUAGUGUAUGUUUCAGUACAGUAUUUGCUAGCAUUCUACUGACCUGAAAAUUUACAUUAAGAGAAAACACCCACUAAAAACUGAAACUUGCUGAUGAUACACUUUUUACUGCACACAAAUACUGGUCUUUCUCUCUACCUGUCAACAGAGAUUGAAGAGUAGAUGAUGGACUAUCAUGCUACAGUAUAUACACCAAAAUACAACAAUGUCACAUACUAGAAUUAAACUGAAGUACAUAAUGCCAUGCAUUACUCUAUCUUAUCAUUUACUAAUUCGGAAGCUUGGUUAAUUUGCAAUUAACCUCCCACUUUUUCUGCAAAUCAGAAUAACUUACUCAUUGUAAACUGAGCUGCUACAUUUCUUUCAAACCUUAACAGGGAGCAGAAGCCCAGGCUGUCCUCUGUCCCCGAGGAGCGCUCCUUCUGAGGAACUCCGCCGGGGUUGAUUACCUGGCGCUGCUCUCUUCUCUUUCACCCUGUCGGAAAAUUGGAAUAGAUCUGCUGAAGCUGGUGGGUUACGUGAGGUUUAACAGGGUUUGCAAGAGAGGCAGAAUGGGCCCAGAGUUUUUAAUUGCAUCCUACUUCUACCCGUGGUUACUGAUACAAACAAUGGCUUGGUCCCCCCCUUUUGGCAAACAGUCGCUGAUACAAAAAACUGCCUUGAUAUUAGCAACCUGCAACAACAACUUCUUUACGCCACAUGGUGUUUCUUCACUGGUUAUAUCAGGUAAAUAAUGCACGAAGGCAGUUACUAAAGCCCGUUUGGGACAGACUACGUACAAUCCAGGAAACCUACUGACUCCAUCAGGUCACGUGUCUUUUAAAAUCUCUUCAUUCUCCUUUUCAUAUGGACUAAAAAGAACGCACUACAGCAAUACGCUUGCAUAACAGUUAUACCCCUGAGGCAACUUGUACUUUCAUUUUUAAAAUGCAGCUUACAGAAUAAUUUUGCAGAAUUCCAGUCCUGUCCCCUAUUUCCAUAUGUCACAUGCAAAAUCAUUACUUUAUUCUGAAUUUGGGAAAUACACAUUCUUUUGGUGUUUUAGGUGAUUUAAAUGCUGUUUUGGUAGUGAAUGACUGUUGAUGACUGUGUAAAAUGCAUCUGUACUGUACAUGAAAUGUAAUUAUUUCUGUGUAUCAUACAAAGAAACCGAGGUUGUUGUUUUGACAAUUUGGUUUGACAGUCAUAUAUCGUAUUUCAGAAGGCAGCAUAAUACAUGCGUUAUG